ACAAAAAUGGGGGUAUAAGAUUGCUGAUGGUUGGAGGAGUUUCCAUUACACUACGGAGAAGAGAUGAGAUGAAGUUCUGAAUCUUCUGAUUACAGUUCACAAAGAGCUUCAUCAACACACUCACUCACACUCACACACACACUCUCUCUCUCUCAACUUACUGAUCUGUUACGUCGAAGCUCUCUCAGUUGAAUUCUCAAUGUUCUCUCUCAUUCUCCGGCGAUCGCUCCGGCAACCCCUGCGCCGCCACCACCACCACCACACUCCUACUAGCCCCUAUUCCGAACCCCUCAAGUCUCUAUCCUCCGCCCCGCGCCAAAACCCUAGCCACAUCCGCUCAUUCUGCUCCGCUUCUUCUUCUUCUUCUUCUUCGUCCAUCUCCGAUUCCGAGUUCCGGAAGUACGUCGGCUACUUCGUCCUCGUCCUCGGCUGCGGCGCUGCCACCUACUACUCCUUCCCCUUCUCCGAAAACGCGAAGCACAAGAAGGCCCAGCUCUUCCGCUACGCUCCCCUCCCGGAGGAUCUCCACACCGUGUCCAAUUGGAGCGGCACUCACGAGGUCCAAACUCGGGUCUUCCUCCAGCCCGAGACGCUCCAGGAACUUGAAACCAUUGUCUCCGAUGCCAAUCGCAACAAGCAGAAGAUCCGCCCUGUCGGGUCGGGCCUCUCGCCCAAUGGUAUCGGAUUGACUAGGCAAGGGAUGGUGAAUUUGGCUCUGAUGGAUGAGGUUUUGGAGGUGGAUAAGGAGAAGAAGACAGUCCGGGUCCAAGCCGGGGUUCGGGUUCAGCAGCUCGUUGAUGGGAUCAAAGAUUACGGGCUCACCUUGCAGAACUUUGCAUCCAUUAGGGAACAGCAGAUUGGUGGCAUUAUUCAGGUUGGUGCACAUGGCACUGGUGCAAAGUUGCCUCCUAUUGAUGAGCAGGUCAUUGGAUUGAAACUGGUUACUCCUGCCAAAGGAACAAUAGAUAUUUCUAAAGAGAAAGAUCCAGAACUCUUCUAUCUUGCUCGCUGUGGACUUGGGGGCCUUGGUGUAGUUGCUGAAGUUACUCUUCAGUGUGUAGAUAGAGAAGAGCUUGUUGAGCACACAUAUGUCUCAACUAUGAAAGAGAUAAAGAAAAAUCACAAGAAGUUGCUAUCUGAGAAUAAACAUAUCAAGUAUCUUUAUAUUCCAUAUACAGACACUGUUGUAGUUGUGAGGUGCAACCCUGUUUCCAUGUGGAAAGGUCCACCCAAGUUUAAACCAAAAUAUAGUCAUGAUCAAGCUAUACAGCAUGUUCAAGAUCUCUACAAGGAGUCUCUCCAGAAGUACAGACCUGAAGUGAUCACAGAUAAAUCUGUGGACAAUGAUGAACAAGACAUAAAUGAGCUUUCAUUUACAGAGCUACGAGAUAAACUACUUGCUCUUGAUCCCCUCAACAAAGACCAUGUAAUGAAGGUCAACCAAGCUGAAGCAGAGUUCUGGAGGAAGUCUGAAGGAUACAGGGUAGGUUGGAGUGAUGAGAUUCUGGGCUUUGACUGUGGUGGCCAACAGUGGGUAUCAGAGACCUGUUUUCCUGCUGGAACUCUAACAAAGCCUACCAUGAAAGAUCUUGAAUACAUAGAAGAUCUGAUGCAGCUCAUAGAUAAGGAAAUGAUACCAGCACCUGCUCCUAUAGAACAGCGAUGGACAGCUCGCAGCAAAAGCCCCAUGAGCCCAGCUUCAAGCCCAGUGGAGGGUGAUAUUUUCUCAUGGCAUACCUGCGUGAAAAGAAAGGCAACAUUGCUGCGACAGCAGUAGGAAUUGAAUGUGCAAUUAUGGACAAAGCACGUGGGUGCAGCACAGUAUGAAGCCAAUGUGUUGAUUUCCAGAAAUUAAGAUGUGGAUGUGUCAGAGGUGCAAUGACAAAUUAAACUUUAAUAUAUUUAUAUGUAUGAAAUUAAAAGAAAAAAUGCAGAAAAUAAAUUCCUUUUCAUUCUAUGAAGAUAGUAAGACAACUUUAUUCUCUAUGUUUAUAUGUUUUGAAAGAAGUCUUGACUAGAAUUUGUUACUUUUAGAAGUUUUUUUUUUAAACAAAAUUUUCAAACAAAUUGGUCAUACUUUUUCUGUUUGUGCGUGUGUAUGCUCUAUAAGGACUUUGUUUAUUUGUGUUUACAGAGACUGCUUUGACUCCUGUGACCUUUCUGUAUUGUGUCUAUCUCACCGGUUAGCAACAUGUAUUAAACCUGUUGAGAGAGAGUUUAGAUAGAAUAGAAAUCCUUUCUUAUUUAUUCCAUGCAUAUGAAGCUCUACAUAUACAAGGAGUAUGCUAAUAAAUCUCCCAAAAACUAGGAAUGGAUAACAACCUAAUAAGUAGGAACAAUAAUCUUCUAUAAUUUACAGAUUUAUACAAAACAUUAAAACUUAAACUUGAUUUAUCCUCUUAGGCUUCAUGCUUCCUUAUCUUCUUAUCAUUAAUCGCCACUCCUUAUCUUCUACCUGAUAAGCUCUUUUAUCCAUAACACUCCCCCUCAAGAUUGAGAAUGGAUAUCAUCAAUUCCAAGCUUGCUAGUCAACUUUUGAUACGCAGCUGUAGGCAACCUUUUAGUGAGAAUAUCUGCAAGUUGUUCACAAGAUGAUAUAUAUGGAGUACGUAUUAGACCACUAUCCAAUUUUUCCUUAAUUAAGUGUCGGUCCACCUCAACAUGCUUGGUUCUAUCAUGUUAUAUAGGAUUGUGAGCAAUAUUGAUUGCUGAUUUGUUGUCACAAUGUAGUCUCAUUGGUUCCACCAAAGUGAUCUUCAAAUCAUCUAACAAAAUUUUCAACCAAAGUAACUCACAUACCCCCAACGCCAUGGAUUUGAACUCUGCCUCUGCACUUGACCGGACCACCACAUUUUGUUUUUUGCUUCUCCAAGUUACAAGAUUACCCCCUAGAAAGGUACAAUAGCUGGAUGUAGAUCUUUUGUCCACCACUGACCCUACAUAAUCUGCAUCAGUAUAGGCUUUAAGUAUCAUACUUCGUCCCCUUUUGAACAUAAUGCCUUUCCCUGGUGUCCCUUUCAAGUAAUGGAGUAUUCUAAAAACUGCUCUAAGGUGAGUUUCUUUCGGACUAUGCAUGAAUUGAUUGACCACCCCUACUGCAUAUGCAAUAUCUGGCCGAGUGUGAGCUAGAUAAAUUAGUUUCCCUACUAGCCUUUGGUAGGAUUCUUUCUCCACCUCUUUAUCUUCUGGAACCUUCCCCAAUUUGUGGUUGAAUUCAAUCGGGGUAGUAGCAGCCUUACAACCUAGCAGCCCGGUUUCUGUUAGCAAGUCCACAAUAUACUUUUGUUGAGAAAUAAAGAUGCCCUCUUUUGAGUGUGCAACUUCUAUGCCUAAGAAGUAUUUCAAUCUCCCCAAGUCUUUAAUUUCAAACUCUUUAAUUAGGCAUUCCUUUAAUCUAGUCAUACCUUCUUCAUCAUUUUCAGUCACAAUAAUAUCAUCCACAUAUACUAAAAGGACUGUUACUCCCCCUGUGGUCGAGUGAUGGAUGAAGAGUGUAUGGUUUCCUUGACUUUGUUUAUACCCUAAGGUAAGCAUCACAUGGGUAAACUGGCCAAACCAGGCCCUAGGAGACUGUUUAAGGCCAUACAAUGCUUUUUUCAGUCUGCACACUACCUGCCCGCGAGUAUCUGUACUAUAGCCCGAUGGUAAGUCUAUGUAAACUUCCUCCUCUAGGUCUCCAUGCAAGAAGGCAUUUUUUACAUCAUAUUGCAUUAAUGGCUAGUCGAGGUUAGCAGCUAGAGAUAGGAGAACUCUCACUGUAUUUAGCUUUGCAACUGGGGCAAAGGUGUCUAGAUAGUCGAUGCCAUACACUUGGGUGUAUCCCUUGGCUACUAGCCUUGCCUUAUGCCGAUUGAGGGUCCCAUCGGAUUUGUAUUUGAUUGUAUACACCCAUUUGCAUCCUACCGGUUGUUUUCCUUUGGGUAAUUAAACUAGCUCCCAAGUGUUGUUUUUUUCAAGGGCUGCCAUCUCGACUUCCAUGGCAUUCCUCCAAUUCUCAUCCCUUAUUGUUUUGGAAAAAUGGUGAGGAAUUGGAAUGGUAUGUUGGCUGGUUAGGAAGGUUUUGUGUUGGGUAGACAAUUUGGAGUAGGAUAGGACCAGGUGCAAAGGAUGUUGAGUGCAGGUCUUGGUGCCUUUUCUGAGGGCUAUAGGCCAUUCCAGAUCACUGGGGGAAAAGGUAGGGUCACUUUGAGGUAUAAGAUGUUCAGUUAUAGAUGCAGUGGAGUCAAUAGAAAUGAUAGAAUUGCUACCUACUGGUUUCACAAGAGAGCUGCUGGUGUUGGUGUUGGGAACAGGUGCAGGGGAGGAAUUAAAUUCUUGGAUCUGCACCGAGCUAGCAGCCAGCUUCUACUGCCUUGAGUAGACCUGCAGGGGAGGAGUACUUGGUGAGGUUUCCUCGAGAGCCUUGUCUGGUGCAUCCUCUGUAGUAACCGGACCUGGUAAGGAGGUAGGUUGAGAUGAAAGAUCUAGAUUAGGUACGGAUAUGACUUGAUUUCCCUCGGCAACUUUUUUACUGUCAUGAGAGUGAUCAAAAUAGGGAGAAUUUUCCACAAAAGUAACAUUAGCCGAGACAAAAAAUCUUUUGGAAGGAGUGUGGUAACACUUUAGCCCUUUUGGCUGGAGGAAUAUCCAAUAAAAAUGCAUUUUAGAGUGCGGGGAUCUAAUUUGUCUCUAUUAGGGUUGUGAACAUGCACGAAGGAUACACACCCAAAUAUUUUUGGUUUCCAGUAGCUAGAUAUAUGUAAAUUAGAAAAUAGUUGCUUAAGAGUUGAAGAGGGCUAUAGGAUCCAAGAGUUUGAGAUCGCAGUCUAUUAAUAAGGGUAGUGGCUGUUAGAACAGCCUCUCCCCAAUAAUUUUUUGGAACAUUAUGGUGAAAAAGUAAUGCCCUAGUCACAACCAAUAGAUGUCAAUUUUUCCGCUCAGUCACCCCAUUUUGUUGGGGUGUAUAUGGACAAGAUGAUUCAUGAAUAAUUCAUUUUUGUUGAAAAAAUUGUGUGAGGGAUUGAUUGAAAAAAUCUUUGACAUUAUCAGUCCUUAGCCUCUCGAUUGGCACUCCAAAUUGAGUACUAAUCAUGUUAUAGAAGUUAGGAAAAAUAGUGCUCUCUUCAGAUUUGUUUUUCAUAAGAAACAACCACAUUACCCUAGUGCAAUCAUCCACAAAUAUUAUGAACCACCGUGCCCCAGAAAGAUUGGGAAUAGUUGCAGGGCUCCAAACAUCACUAUGGAUAAGAGAGAAUGGACUAGAGGUUCAUUUAUUGGAUGAAGGGUAAGACACCCUUUUAUGUUUAGCAAAUUCACAAAUAGGACAAUGAAAGUCUUGAAUAUCACAACUCCUAAACAAAGCUGGAAACAUAACUCUUAAGAGUAAAAACGAAGGGUGACCAAGACGAUGGUGAUGUAACCAGAUCUGGUCCUUAUUAGAUUGCACCAAACAAGACACAAGAUUCACCUUGUCCUUGUUUUCCUCCCCAUUUGAUCCAUCAAAGUAGUAUAGGCCAACCCUAGCUUUAGCAAGCCCAAUCCUCUUCUUCAACCCUUGUCCUUGAAUUUCAUAGCAAGUAGAAGAAAAAUUAACACUGCAAUUGUUGUCUAGGGUAAGCUUUUGAAUGAAGAUGAGGUUGGUGAAGAGUUUAGGGACAUGGAGAACAUCCUUGAGAGUUAGAUGGUUAUUAAGGAUAAUAUUUCCUUGGCCAGCAACAGUGGUCAAUGAGCCAUUUGCCAGGGUUAUCUUUUUAGAGCUUGAACAAGGGCUAUAGGUAAUGAAACAAUGGGAUAAAGGGGUCAUGUGAUAUGUUGCCCCAGAAUCAAGAAUCCAAGAAUUAGAUUGGGUUAUUCCCGAAGCAUGUGGGAUAAGAGAAUGAGAGGACAUACCUGUAAGUGCAAGAGAACAGGUACCUUUUUCUUUCUUGUUAAGAGAGUCUAGAAAGUUUCUUAACUUUUCAAUUUUUGCCCUGUUAAAAUCCAAGCCAUCUGCCUGCUCCUUAUGUUUCCCUUGCUUGUGCUUUGCCUGCUAGUGAUUGCUGGCCAUAUAGGCUUGAUUUUGGACCCCAAGUUGUCCUCCUUUAGAUAGUUUUCCAUGUAACUUCCAGCAUCUCUCUAUGGUAUGCCUUGGUUUCUUGCAAAAAGUACACCAUAGAGAGUCUCGAGAAUCUCUAUUGCUGGAAGUCUUAUCUCCAGCAGCCUUCCUUUCCUCCUCAGGACUUCUCAAUGCUAUUAAUGCUGACUUUUCUAUAGGAGCAGUGUCAAGCAUUACUCCUCUUCUUCCUUCUUCAGCCCGAAUUAGAGAGAUUACCUUUAGGGAAGGUAUAUCCUCUUUGCCAAGUAUUUGAACCCUGACUCCAUCAAACUCCAUAUUAAGACCUGCCAAAAAAUCAUAGGUUCUUUCCUUUUCCACAAAUCUUUUAUGUAAGGCUGCAUCUUCACUGCAUUUCAUCUUUAGGCAUUGAUAAUGAUCUAAUUCUUGCCAUAGAGUUUGCAGCACAUUAGAGUACUCAGUAAUAGAUUUUACCCCUUGUUUGGUUGCUGCAAUCUUAGUCCGAACCUCAUAUAUUUGUGUUGCAUCCUUCACUUUAGAAUAAGUGAGGUUGACAGCCUCCCAAAUAUCCUUAGCGGUUGUUAAAAACAUCAUCGUAUCACUUAUCUCGGGCACCAUCGAAUUCCAAAGCCAAGACAUAACUAGAGAGUCCUCCUCAUCCCAUGCAGCAAACAUGGGAUCUCCUUCUUUAGGGCCGGUCCUUAAGAGAUGACUGAUCUUACCUUUACCUUUGAGAAAGGUCUGGAUAAGUUGGGACCACUUUAGGUAGUUUCUCCCAUUCAAUCGGUAGGCUGCCUAGAGAUUUUGUAGUUCUCCCCCAUUACUCGAGUUGCUAGAUCCAGUGAAUGGGGUUUCUGAUGGGCUGCUUGUUUCAACCGUCUCUGGUGUAGGAUUGGUGUUGGAGACGUAGACAUCUUAGGAAGAUCUUGGACUUACUUAUUGGGUGAUGGACCAAACGGAUGAAGGAAAAAAAAACAGAUGAAAGAAACAACUCUAUCGGGUGAAGGAGAAAGCCACAACUGACUUUGAUCACUUCUAGGAACGGAACAAGAAAACAGGCCAGAAUGGCACUAAGCAGUGAAAAAACGGCAAUGAAGGCCUAAAUAGAAUUCCCUAGAAAGCAGGCUUUGAUACCAUGUUGAGAGAGAGUUUAGAUAGAAUAGAAAUCCUCUCUUAUUUAUUCCAUGCGUAUGAAGCUCUAUAUAUACAAGGAGUAUGCUAAUAAAUCUCCUAAAAACUAGAAAUGGAUAACAGCCUAAUAAGUAGGAACAAUAAUCUUGUAUAAUUUACAGAUUUAUACAAAACAUUAAAACUUAAACUUGAUUCAUCCUCUUAGGCUUCUUGCUUCCUUAUCUUCUUAUCAUUAACCGCCACUCCUUAUCUUCUAGCUGAUAAGCUCUUUUGUCCGUAACAAAACCACCGAAACUACCACAACACCAUUCACAAGCCUUAAUCCCACUAGUGGGUUUGGCUAAACCAACCGAAAUUUUAUAAAGUUUGACACUUUUGGAACCUUGUCAAACUGUGGUAGGCCAUUCAAACUGAAAAGUUUAGUGUUAAUAUUUUAUUUAUGAAUGCCGCAAAUUUGGGAAUUGAUUGAAUUUCAUUUGUGCCUAUUGUUGCGUUAAUUGUGGAAAUUAGGAAGCCUGAGGCGUUAUUUGGUUAAUCAGAACAUUCUCAUCUACUUAAAAGUUGUG